AUGAAAGAAUUAGUGGCCAAUAAUCAGAGUGUGCCGGAUACACAAUCAGUGAUAAAUCAAAUGGAAGCAAUGUUCCAGAAAUUAAUGACCCAAACGGUCUCUCCUAAACCUCCAACAAUUGCGGCGACUUCUGCAGAACCGAUGCCAUCACAAAUCAAUAAGCGUUUUGAUGAGCUUUCUAAACAACUUAAACAACUGCAGAAGCAAACCACGCAGCGCCCAGCUUCUCAUGCCAGUGUAGCGGCUUAUGAUCAGCCACAAUCUUCUCCUCUGCGUUUUAAUCAAACGCGCAAUUGGCAAGGACAGCCUACUCGCCAAAUUGACCAGAUGCAGAGGCAGAUAAAUCGGUUGGAAAAUGAACUUAGGCGUUACCAAAAUCCACGUCGCCCUGAUUUUCGCACAGUAGAGGGAGAUCCGAUCUGUUCUUUUUGCCAACGUGUAGGACACACUUGGCGAACUUGCCAACAGCAUGGUAGGGAUCCACGACUUCCUCCAAACCAGGUGCGUUUUUCCAAUAGGCCCUAAUUCUCAGAGCAGCCUAGUAGUCGUCAGCCUAAUUCGCAGUUAAACGAGUAAGGGCUCUUGCCGGACGCUCUUUUCCCCGAGCAAGAGCCAAUUUUUGACAACCGCAAAUCGCGUCGUAUAAGGCUGAUAAUGUAAAUAUUUCAAGAUUUAAUUAUUCACCAGAGGGUAUUUAUUUCGAAGGCGAUGAGUCUCAACUGUCUAUUUCGGAUGAUGUAGUUAUCCGGGAACUGCAAAUCCACAACAUAAUAGUCAGAUUGACCCUCAAGUUGCUUCGUAUUCAUCUUAUACAUAUUCCGCCGGUGACACAUUGGCCAAUUCCUAUUUAUCCUAAUUUCAUGUGGUUCAUAAUGACGUUUUUAUUGAAAAGGGCGCAAACGAAAUAA